CGAGAGCAGGCUAAUACUACCGCUCUUACGGAGGUCGAGACGCUCGCUAAGGCCUUAGAAAUACCCCUAAUAGACGCUAUUAUAUUACUCGCAAAUAACCGCAAGAGCUAUAUAUCCCCGCUAGCCCUCGAGCUCGCGACUCAGGAAGCAGAAGCGCCUGCCACACCCGCAAAAAGGGCCUUAUUUACCAAAAGUAUAGUUAAUACCUAUAUUAUAGCUAUUCUCGAGCUCUAG